AUGGCGCAUCAGGUCCCCAAUAUUAAACUGCUUCACGCAAGCGUUGAUCCAGAUAAUAAGAAUGAAAGCGAGGUCCGCAUCCUUAUCGACAACAAAUUCGUCAAAUACAUUAACAUAGAUCCUGGUGUGUAUGACCCAGAUGAUAUGUGCUUCGAGCCUGUUCUGAUCUCAUUGCUGCCACCUCUUCCAUCUGAAGAUUGGAAUACGGGUUAUAUUUCCCAGAAUGCUGAGACUGGAAUACCCCACUUUUCUGUCGUCUCGAACGCACCCCUCCCAGGAAUCACGAACACCUGGCAUCCUACUCAGGUCGACCACCUAGAGAUUCGCGAGAGACAAAGGCUACGCAGUAAUGUGUGCGAGGUUGAGUGUCCUGGCUUCAGUUCUCCGGUUGUUGCAAAGUUCGCACGAUUUGAGUGGGAGAUACCGCAAAUGAGAGCAGAGACGGCAGCAUACGAAUGGAUAGCGGGCCAAGAUAUUGGUCCUAGUUUUCUCGGCCACUUGACCGAGGAGGGGAGGGUUAUUGGGUUCCUCAUCGAAUAUAUCACCAAUUUUCGCCACGCUACGCUCGAGGACCUCCCUCUGUGCCAAUCGACUUUGUCAAAACUGCACAAGCUAGGGAUCACGCACGGGGAUACCAACAAGCAUAAUAUUCUUAUCCAUGAUGGGAAGGCAACUCUUAUCGAUUUCGACUUUGCCUCGCGGUCUGCUAGCGAUGGUGAGCUGGAAGCCGAGCUUCACGGUCUACCGGAGCAGCUACGGGAUAUGUCUGGGAGAGGGGGGAGGAGAAUGGUUGUUGAAACCGAUCCACAAUGA